GAACAAGAAGCAGAACCGGAUGACGAUGAGAUCGAGGGUAAUCCGGCGUAUAUCCCGAAAUCGGGUCGUUACUACAUGCACGAUUUGAGGAAUACGGAUGAAGAAAAUGUCCAGGAACAAGCACCACGUUCACGAGCCGAUGGACAAUGGAAACAUGACCGCUAUGAUGAGCGUGCACAACGGCCCAAAACUAGACGGGAAUUGGUGAAUCGCUACGGGUACGACAUACGGCAUGAGGGCCAAGCGGAGAACGGGCGAGCUGGGGUGGAGGAACAAGAAGACACACCAAAAGUCGCAAAAAAUCUGGUUGGACAAGCUGAUCGUGCUGGUGGACGUAACACUGAUGGUGCGGUGCCACCACGUGGCAGUCGAGGAGGCCGAGGUACACCUCGAGGUGCAAGUUUCGGUGGUGGCCGUGAUGGGGGCCGAGGUGGCGGAUAUUCAAGUCGAGCACCACCACCACCACAGCAGCACUACCAGGAUGAAAGGUACGAUAACAGAAGAACGAUGCAGCAGGACGAGAGCGUAAGGCGACCUGGAGGGUACCGUGGUGGCCGAGGAAGAGGCGAUCAUCAGUCCGGUAUGAACAGUCAUCGGGGAGGACACGCCGGUUUUCGGGUCUUCAGGAAUUCACCAGCGAAUGCACGAGGCGGUAUGAUGAUGGGUGGACGAAGAAACAUCGAUAAUCAACAGCAACGACAGUAUACACGUGGUGGUGGUGGUGGCGACGAUUAUGUACGUGAUGACAACAACCGUCGAGGUAGAGGAGGAGGGGGAGGAGGACGAAACAGCACUGGUGCACCCCCACCCGUGGUUGGAAGAGGUGCGCAGCAGCAAUAUUCGGGCGGUAAACGUUACUCCUCACAACGUCUUGCCACAAACUACGCCCCAGCUACCGCGGAACAUCAGCAGCAGCAACAACCAGUACCACCAGCAGCACCGCCUGUAGCAGCGGUACCACAACUACCACCACCCCCACCACCACAACCAACCACCCAACGCCCCGCUGCACCGAUACCAAUCCCCCCACCAACCGAAUGGCAUCCGCCAGCUUCCUUUCCUGCACCACCACCAACGGCCUCUGCACCGCCACCUCCACUAGCGGUACCGCCACCAGCACCACCGGUGCCCAAUUUUCGCUCAAGUGAUAUUGUGUAUUUCGACCCGCAACCGCAGCAACUCUAUCGCAACCCGAUACCACCACGAGCGAAGAAACGACUGGAAAUUGUGCCACCAUAUCAAGCUGGCAAAGGUUCGGGCUGA